GUACACAGGAGAGCGUGUGCUAAAAAGUACACAGGAGAGCGUGUGCUAAAAAGUACACAGCAGAAGCUGCCAGUUCCUGGCAUAAAGUGCAGGCAUAAAAAUCAGAAUCUGCUAUCUGUACCCAGCCAGGCAUUUAUUGACUGACUCCAUCUGCCAAAUCAAGCUAUCCCUGUGCAGUUUUCAACUUUUUCCUUCUAACACAGAUUUCCAAUAAACUACAUCUUUUACUGCCAAUAUUGAUCCCAAAAUGUCCAGGAAAAGAAAAGUUGACGGUGAAGGCAGACAAUUUAAUGACAAAUGGGAAAAUGAAUACAUGUUUGUGCUUAGAGAGGGCAAACCAGUGUGUAUAUUGUGUUAUGAGACAGUGUCGGUGAUGAAAGAGUACAUUAUACGUCGUCAUUUUGACACAAAACAUAAUGUUAAGUAUGGCAAAUAUACUUUGGAAGAAAAGCAUAAAAUUGUUAAAGAACUAAAAGGCAAACUACAAUCACAGCAGCAAAUGUUUACAAAGGCUACAGCAAAAAAUGAUGCUGCAGUGAAAGCAAGCUUUAUAGUGGCUGAAGAAAUUGCCCGUACUUCAAGGUGUUUUUCAGAGGGUGCCUUUUUGAAGCAAUGCAUGCUAAAAGUGUGUGAGCAAGUAUGCCCAGACCAGAUACAGAGUUUUCAAAAUGUCAGUUUGUCAAGAAACACCAUUGCAGACAGAGUUCAAGAACUCUCAGGAAAUCUAUCAUCACAGCUGGCCGAACAGGCAUGCAGUUAUCUCGCUUUUUCACUUGCUAUCGAUGAAAGCACAGACAACACUGGUACAGCGCAGCUGUCCAUCUUUAUACGUGCUACGAAGACCGACCUCUCUGUCACUGAGGAACUUUUGGAUGUAUCUGCCAUGCAUGGGACGACGACUGGUAGAGAUAUAUUUGAGGCUGUGGAGAAAUCUAUAAAUAAUUUUAAAUUACCCUGGGAAAAGUUGGUGGGGCUAACUACUGAUGGCGCACCUUCAAUGUGCGGAGAAAAGAAAGGCUUGGUUGGACUAAUGAAGGAAAGAAUGCAAAAAAGUCACUGCCACACACCCUUGAUUACUUAUCAUUGCAUUAUCCACCAAGAGGCUAUGUGUGGAAAAGUUCUGGACAUGAAUGACAUAAUGACCACAGUCAUUAAAACUAUUAACUUUAUAAGGGCACGUGGCCUGAAUCAUCGCCAGUUCCAGCAGUUUUUACAGGAGGUGGGUGCAGAGCAUGGAGACGUGCCAUACCACACAGAAGUAAGAUGGCUGAGCAAGAGCGCAGUCCUCAAAAGAUUUUUUGAGCUCAGAGAAGAAAUUGCUCUUUUCAUGGAAAGUAAAGGAACGCCCUUGCCUGAACUGUCGGAUCCCGCCUGGCUAUGUGAUUUUGCUAUGAUGUGUGACAUAUGCGAGCAUCUCGCCCAACUAAAUCUGAAGCUGCAGGGACGCAAACAAGUCAUCACGAAGUUGUCUGACAUGAUCACAGCAUUCCAGCGUAAACUUCAACUAUGGAAGUCCCAACUGGAACAGGACAAUCUUGCCCACUUUCCCGUUUGUUUGAGUAUCUCAACCACUAUUUCUGGUACUUUUCCUUGCAGUCGGCUGGCUACCAAAGUUAGCCGUUUACUAAGUGAAUUUGAGCGGCGCUUCUCUGACUUUAGAACACAGCACUCAGGCUUUGACAUCUUUGCCAAUCCUUUUACAGUUGAUGUUCGCUACAUCCCUAUUCAGAUGGAGAUAAUCGAGCUUCAGUCUGACAGUGGCCUGAAAUCAAGGUUUCAGGAUGUUGAAAUUGAGGACUUCUACCCUCUACUGCCCCCUGACUCAAUGCCAGAGCUCCGACUUCAUGCUGCCCGUAUUCUAUCCAUGUUCGGGAGCACCUAUCUUUGUGAACAGAUGUUUUCAAUAAUGAAUCUGAACAAAAACAAGCACAGAUCACGCAUUACCGAUGACAACCUCCAUGCUGUUUUGCGGGUUGCUACAGCCCAAGAAAUAAAACCGAACAUUGACUCAUUGAUCCGGGGAAAACGGUGUCAGACAUCUAGCCAGAAAACAAAACAAUGAGCAUUUUAGGUACAUUCCAAUAUUACUGUUUUACUUGAUAGCAUGUGAGUUGGUUAACAGCACUGUUAAGGAAAAGAUUGUUCCACUCAUUUUAAAUUCACAUUUCUGGUUAACGUUGUCAGUUUAUGACUGUUCAGUAAACCAUUCGGCCC